GCAACAAAAACCACUUUAGAGAACAUUGUCAGGAUUGGAGAGAACGUGCUGAAAACUAGAUUUGUGCAUAUAAACAUCGACACUGGUGUAUAUGAACCUGUUCAUGAUAAUAUCACCAACUUGAGGUAGAUUUAAAACCUUACAAGUUUGAAACCUUGUUGAUCGCGCGGUUUGUUCGAUCGCAUGUAAUCGCAUUGAUUGAUUAUUGGUUGAUAUACAGGUUUGCAAGAAAAAAUCUAGUAUAAAAGGAACGUAAGGAUGCCAGGCGAUGCAUUGUAUAAAGCUUGAUGUACAAAUAAUAGUAGUAAGAAAGUAACUUUCUGCAGUAGAUGCAUUGUAUAAAGCUUGAUGAUCGAUCGUGCUUUUGCCUUUAGUUGCAUAAAAUAAUUUAAUGUACAAAUAAUAGUAGUAAGAAAAUAACUUUCUGCAGUAGAUGCUUUUGAUUAAUUUAGUUUACAGCCUAUGAUUCUCUAUGUUUUUACAAUGAAGUUGGAUUUCGUUCAUAUUAUUCAACAAGUAUUAAAGUGGACAACUCAAUGAUUUUAUAUGUAAAUUAUCAUUAAAAAUCUAGCUUAAGAGGAUGUUCAGUGUCAGAAGAACUUGACCCCUUCAAGACCCGUGGACAAAAAUAAACUUUCAUAAGAAAACUCAUAUAUGUAUGUUACACGCCAAAGAGUAUUAUUUAAUCACAUAAUUAGGAUACUACUUAAGAAAUUUUAACAGGUCAAGCAAAAGAAACGAGAUACGUGAAGAAUUGCAUAAGAGGGUGUGAAGGGGUAAGAUAAUAUAUAUUGGAUGAUUAAAUUUGUAUUUCUUUUUAAAUUGACACGACAAAUAUUUGACUUAAACUUGGAUAAAAUGAUCUUGCAAACGUGGAGCAUGGUGGCAUGGAUAUAUUUUGUACUACUCGUCACGGCAUGGACAGGAAAAAAACAAUACUGAUUUAACAGGACAUAUAAAAAACAUCAGACAUCCUAACACAAUAUUUAAAAGGAUUUUUUACGGCAGACAAUAUGUAAGAGGAUAAUUAGGAAAAUAACCUCAGAAUGCUUUUACUUUGACCGUAAACAAAUAUCACUCUUUUUCUUUUCUAAGCCUGGAUUUAUAAUUAAAACGGAGCUUGAUUUUAAGUUUUCGCAUCUUAAGGUAAGCACGCCUAAAACUAUUUCAAAAAUUAUGCAAGCAAAUCCUUUUAAUCUUCUCUAAUUAAUUAUCUCCCUGGAUAUUCCAAUAUAGAUUGUUGAGCAAAAACAUGUAUUAUAUAUCUUUCAGGAGGAAUAGAGAAAUACUACGCGUAAAAUUAUUGUAAGUGGGAAAAGAAAAAGAAAAUUAUCGUAAUUAAAACGACUGUAGUCUUGUAGACUAACCGUUUAUUGCUUCGAGCAACCGUUAUAUUUGCUUGGAAGUAUGGUUCCCGUUGUCUCUAUACGUAAAUACUAUAUUGGACAAAUCUCAUUCAAACGAAACUCCCAGUUCCGGGAUGGUAACCUAAGUUUUUUUUUCUGAAACACAACCUAAGUUUUUUACAUAAAAUAAGCAAGAAGAAUUUUACAUAAAAAUUCUUUAAAUAAAAGACUAUUCAAAAGUUAUUAGCACUGAGGAAUAAAAAGAUGCACAUAUAGAUGAAAAUGUUCUAAAGCAGCGGUAUUAUCUUUAUAUAUCUUUGAAAUAUAUAUGUUCAGGUGACUUUUGCUCCUAAUUUGUGUGCAUCUAUGUCUACUAAUUGUUUUUUUUUUAUGGAAAAGUAGUUGUCACCUAGACUUUUUUCAAUAUAGAAGUAUGUGUUUAACAUGACAUGUAUAAAGCAACCAUAAGUGUAACUUAUGGGCUUGUGAGAGUGAUGGACACGACAUCCAAAUCGAGAAACCUCCCAGUAGAUUCACACAAAAAGUCCAACACUAAUGCGAUGCGUGCUAAUAUAACAUAUACAUCUAUUUCUUCUAUAUAUGUGGGUUGUGUUUAUUCGUAACGGUAGGUCGUUCUAAGAGCUUCAUCACAUUGAUCACCAUCUCUGUCUUGAAAAAGGAACGAGAACUUAAAACUCUUACCGACAAGACCAUAAGCUUAGUUUUGAGAUUACUAAAAAAUAACUUAGAGAUACUAAAAAAUAUGGAUUUCUCGUCAGAGAGAAGAGUCUCUUGUCUUCCUCCUUCGUACGGACAACUUGUGACUAUCCUUAGCAUAGAUGGUGGUGGGAUCCGUGGGAUCAUUCCCGGUACCAUCUUAGCUUACCUCGAAUCCCAACUCCAGGAGUUGGAUGGUGAGGAGGCAAGGCUUGUGGAUUAUUUCGAUGUCAUCUCCGGGACAAGCACAGGAGGUUUAAUAGUGGCGAUGUUGACCGCAGAGGACAAAGACGUUAAAAACAGCCGUAACCGCAGCCGCCCUUUGUUUGCGGCCAAAGAAAUCGUCCCCUUUUAUCUCAAACAUUCUCCUAAAAUCUUUCCACAACAUCGAGGGGUGUGUAGUUGGGCUCAAACCAUGAGGAGACUCGUACGAGGACCAAAGUACAACGGGAAAUACCUUCACGAAGUAAUCCAAGGUUACUUGGGAGACACGCGACUGACUCAAACUAUGACAAACGUUGUCAUACCUUGCUUCGACAUCAAGAAACUCCAACCAGUUAUCUUCUCUUCUUACCAGGCGGUGAAUCAUCAAGUCAUCGACGCAAAACUAUCAGAUAUAUGCAUAAGCACAUCAGCGGCACCAACUUAUUUCCCGGCUCGUCGAUUCAUUAACGAAGACAAUGAAGGAAACAAACAUGAAUUUAACCUCAUCGACGGUGGUGUCGCUGCCAAUAACCCGACGUUAUGUGCGAUUGCGGAAGUGACAAAGCAGAUAGUGAAGAAGAAUCCAGCAAUGGGAGAGAUAAGCCCAUUGGAUUAUACAAGAUUUGUGGUGAUAUCACUUGGGACAGGUUCGAUCAGGAACCAAGAGAAGUAUGAUGCAAAAAUGGCGUCAAAAUGGGGGAUGUUAAGUUGGAUCUAUGGAAAUGGUUCGACUCCAAUUCUUGAUUGUUACAGUGAAGCCAUUCACGAUAUGGUUGAUUACCAAAGCUCUGUCGUCUUUCAAGCUCUUCGUUCCGAGAACAAUUAUUUACGUAUCGAUGACGAUGCGUUGAAGGGUGACUUAAGUUCAGUGGACUUAUCGACAGACGAGAACAUGGAAGGUCUUGUUCAAGUUGGUGAAGCUUUAUUGAAGAAAAAUGUUUCUCGUGUCAAUCUCGAAACCGGCCAUUACGAACCCAUCUCUGAUCACGUAACCAACGAGGAAGCUCUCAAAAGGUUUGCAAAGGUUUUGUCAGAAGAAAGGAAACUCAGAGAAUCAAGAUCUCUUAAACUCAAGAUUUGAUUUUAUAAAUGUACCCAAAAAUAAUCUGUAAAACUCAUUGUUUGUAUCUACUUGUGUGACUACAUAUAUAUUCACUUUACUUUGUGAGGAAAACAAUAUUUGAAUAUGAAAAUGAUCCCGUACAUACAA